AUGGAGUCUCUAGCCUAUGCUACUCACAUGGAGCGCCACUAUGAGACCUUGGCAGACUUUACGCUCUUUGUUCAAGGAUCGCCAUUUGAACAUGCAUCCCAAAGAUUGGUGGAAGACACGGUCUCUGCGGUCCAGGAAGGCCUCUACGACGUUCCUUUCCUUCACAUGAACUCUCGCCGGUUCCUUUCAGGAUCUAGCUUCUGUUUGAGGGACUUGUACACGCGGUUGAUGGAAAGUCCAGCGCAAGUACCAGAGGCAUUUGGCUCCUAUUGUUGCAGCCAGUUCAUGGUUCGUCGGGAUCGGAUUCAAGCCCGGCCUCGGGCUCUUUAUCACCGAAUUCGUUCCAUCCUGUUGGGUGAAGUUCCGCUAGCCUGUGCACAGGAUGUGAAAUAUGACCCACGGCCCCGUAUCGCAGUUUCUGCACUCUUUGAGCACCUGUGGCACGUGGUCCUGGGAGAGUCGCCUGUUCUACCGACAAGACGAAGCGACCAGAGGCUUCCCCUUUUUGCGCGGGUGGAUGUCAUCGAGGGUGCACUUCCAGAUGUCCUUUUAAGCCAGAUGUAA